CUAUAUGUAAGGUCCCACUGCUCUAUAAAUUACUAAUAUAUACAAUUUACACUAGAACUCAAACAUGCCAGUGUCUAAACAAAAGCGUAGAUGUAUAGAAGCAGCUAUCUUUUGUUUAUUAAUCAUUCUUUUGAUUUUCACUGUGUGGUACUAUGAUCAUAACAAAAUAAUAAAAUACAUAGUAUUUAAGAGGGGCAAUGCUCAAGUUGAAACCAACCAUGCAGAAGAUGGAGCCGGGCAUUCAGUUUCCUACAAACAGUUGAAUAUUGAAAAACUUGAACCAGAGUUCCAUUUCAGGAAAAACUACUACUUGGGCAAAACAAAAGAUGUGGAGAAUAAGGACCACCUGUUGAAGUAUUUAUUAGGAAGGUAUGUCAACUGCUCAACAUAUUCCCGGCAAAUUCUGCUUGAUUUAGGAGCAAAAACAUUUGAAUCCAGUGUUGGGUGGUUUAUUAAAAAUUAUCCUUGUAAUUUCACAGAGAUCCAUGCAUUUGAGGUGAAAAAGAAGAUAUUCAUCAUUCCAGAAAAAGAAAAGGCUAGAGUUAAAUUAUAUGAAUCAUUCAUCGGGACGGUUUCUUCCUCAAAGGAGACAGACAUCGCUGACUUUAUUGUGAAUGUGUUAGAUGUGAAACCAAGCGACUUCUUAGUUAUCAAAAUGGACAUAGAGGGCGCUGAAUACAAGGUUAUUGAUCACAUGCGGAGUAAAGGUUUAUGGCCCCUAAUAGACGAACUCUUUGUAGAGAUUCACUAUAAACAUCCAUACAUGAAAGGAUAUGGUUGGAAUAAGUUUAAAGAAUACACAAUAGAAGAUGCUACAAAUUUAUUCAUUGGACUGAGAAACAAUGGUGUUUUUGCCCACCCCUGGCCAUGAUGGACUGCGUGGUGAAUUAAAAGCCACACUCAAAAUUGUACAUUUUUAUGUUUUUUUCAAUUUUGAUAAUUACUCCCUUAUGUGCCUUAUGCGUAUCUAGUGCCAACCCUGUAAAUGUAAUACUAGAGAAUUAUACUACAUUAAUAAAAAUAAA